GCGGCAGCGCCGCCUCGCGGGGGGCAGGGGCAGAGGCCGGCGUGGGGCGGGAGGCGGCGCCGGGCGCCAUGGCGGGCCCGGGGCUGGUGGCUGGCGACGUGGUGGUGGACGCGCUGCCCUACUUCGACCAGGGCUACGAGGCGCCGGGCGUCCGGGAGGCGGCCGCCGCGCUGGUGGAGGAGGAGACGCGGCGCUACCGGCCGACGAAGAACUACCUCAGUUACCUGCCGGCGCACGACUACAGCGCCUUCGAGACCGAGAUCAUGCGGAACGAGUUCGAGCGCCUGGCGGCGCGGCAGCCCCUGGAGCUGCUCAGCAUGAAGAGGUACGAGCUGCCGGCGCCGUCCUCCGGGCAGAAGAACGAUAUCACGGCGUGGCAGGAGUGCGUGAACAACUCCAUGGCGCAGCUGGAGCACCAGGCGGUCCGCAUCGAGAACCUGGAGCUGAUGUCGCAGCACGGCUGUAACGCCUGGAAGGUGUACAACGAACAUCUGGUCCAUAUGAUAGAACAAGCCCAGAAAGAGCUUCAGAAGUUGAGGAAAAACAUUCAAGAUCUGAACUGGCAACGAAAGAACAUGCAGCUCACAGCUGGGGCUAAGCUACGAGAAAUGGAAUCUACAUGGGUGUCUCUUGUCAGCAAAAAUUAUGAGAUUGAACGAACUAUUGUGCAGCUGGAAAAUGAAAUUUCACAAAUCAAACAGCAGCAUGGGGAAGCGAACAAGGAGAAUAUCCAGCAAGACUUCCAGUGACUUAAUCCGUACUGUCUUACUGCAGCAUACGUUAAAACACCAAAACCACCACCCUUGGAGGUGCUCUGUGUUUGUAGACGCCUCUAGCUGCAGUUGUGUAAGGUGAUGAGGUAUUUCAAUUGUUUCUUUUUCCUUGUUUUAAAUUCUAGGAGGAGGCAGGGUAGGCUCAAAAUGUCCUGCUCAAGUGUAUUAUGGGCACAAUUAAGCAGACGGUGAAUUUUUUUGAUUUUUAUAUACUUGAAGUAAAAGACCUUAAAACCUGUUCCAUGUGUUUGCAUUUCCCCCAUGCCCUUAAUAAAUGUCGUUCUGCUCUC